AUGUCCCAAUCUACAUAUCAACCUGUCAUUGUCUCUGACGAAGAAAAGAUUACAGCCUCCAAGCGUCGAGCCAUUUACCUGCGUCCUUUUCUUCUGUUCUGGAUCAACUCCUUCCUCUUCGAAGUGGUGAUGCUUAGCGUCAGCAUCGCCGUCUUUUCUGGCUGGCGUGACAUUUUCCAAAGGUUCAUGUGGACUAUCGUCUUUUGUCCCCUCGGCAUGGGCGGUGCCAUGGGUGGCCUUAUUAACGCUUUCAUCGUGGAUCGCAUCUACGGCAAUCGAGCCGUGCACUUUGUUGCGAUUCUAAGCAUUCUUGUUUUGGGUACUUGCAACAAUUUGUGCUACAAUUUGGACUUGAUGCUUGGGUGGUUUGGCGCAAAGGAUCAUUUCUGGUGGUGGCACUGGCGGUAUCUUCUCAUUUGGUUUGUUGGCUACACGAAUGGGAAGCUGAUGUUUACGGAUGGGGGACAAGAAAAACUUGCAGGUUGGGGCGUUUAG